UUUGCCCUAGCGCGAGAUAAUCCGAGUCGCGCAGAGGAGAACACUCCUGGUCCUGGGAGCCAAAAUCUGCUUUUCGAAGCACACUUGGAUCUCUCAGUCUUUGCUUUUGGUUCCUUGCUUUGUAGCAAAUUUCGUCUCUGUUUUUGUCUCCAUAUUUCCUGUUAGAGCUGCAGUGAGAUUUAUUUCUGAGGUUGCCUGUCUGAUUCAUUGGACUAUACUUAAAAUGGAGUUUGAUGAGUAUGAUUACCUGGAAAAAACUGUUGAAAACCCUGAACCCCAUAUGGCAAAGGAUAUUGCCAAUGGUGAUGAUGUCAUGAAGUCAGGGGAAAAAGAUAGCAGCCGUGGUUCAAAACAUAAGAGCAAUGAGAAGGAUGAUGGGGAUGAUGAGCGGCAUCGCUCAAAGCGCUCAAAAUCUGGAGAUGAAUCUCGUGACCGACACAAAGAUAGGGUUUCAUCUCGUCAUCGUUCUCGAUCUAGAGAUGGAGAGAGGGAUCGACAGCGGAGUAGCCGAGAACAUAGAGAUAAGGACAGAGGUAGAGAUAGGGAGAGGGAUAGAGAUAGGGAGGAGAGAAAUGGGAAAGAGAGGGACAGGGAUAGAGAUCGGGAGCGUGAUCAUGAUAAGGACAGGAGGGAGCGCGACCGUGACAGUGAAAAGGACAGGGAGAAGGAAAGAGAGCGGUCGCGUCGAAGCAGGAGUCGAUCUGAAAGGCGUCAGAGCGAUUUGGAUGAAAGGGAAACAGAAAAGAGCCGUGACAGGGACUAUAAAGAAAGAGAAAGGGAGAGAGAGUCAAGGGAACGGGACAGAGAAAGCAGGAGAACUAAAGAUAGAAAGGAAGAAGUUGCAGAGCCAGAAGCUGAUCCUGAACGUGAUCAGAGGACAGUAUUUGCCUAUCAGAUAUGUUUAAAGGCAGACGAAAGAGAUGUCUAUGAAUUUUUCUCAAGGGCUGGCAAGGUGCGAGACGUACGUCUCAUAAUGGAUCGCAAUUCAAGGAGGUCAAAGGGGGUUGGGUAUAUUGAGUUCUAUGAUGCAAUGUCUGUACCAAUGGCCAUAGCACUCUCUGGACAGCCUCUUCUUGGUCAACCAGUAAUGGUGAAACCUUCAGAAGCUGAAAAAAAUCUUGUUCAGUCAACUACAACCGUAAAUGCAGGAUCUGGUCCAUACUCUGGAGGGGCUAGAAGGUUGUAUGUUGGCAAUCUGCACUUCAACAUAACAGAAGAUCAGCUUCGUCAGGUUUUUGAACCAUUUGGUGCUGUGGAGUUGGUUCAAUUGCCUCUUGAUGAAACUGGGCACUGCAAAGGCUUUGGCUUUGUGCAGUUUGCCCGUCUUGAAGAUGCUAGGAAUGCCUUGAAUUUGAAUGGACAGGUAGAGAUUGCUGGUCGGCCAAUCAAGGUGUCAACUGUUACUGAUCAAACGGGAAUGCAAGACGGUGGGACAAAUGCUGGUGAUUUUGAUGAUGAUGAAGGCGGUGGCUUGGCAUUAAAUGCACGUUCUCGAGCUCUUCUAAUGCAGAAAUUGGAUCGCAGCGGCACUGCCUCUAGUAUUGCUGGUUCACUGGGAACCCCUGUUGUCAGCACUGGGCUUCCUGUACCAGUGGCACCAAUCCUUGGUGCUGCACCUGUGGUGCCUCCUGUUGUUGCUCCUCUUAUGGCAGGUUCUGUUCCUGGUCUAACUGGACUUGCAGGUGCAGGUGUUCAACUUCCAGCUUCUGCAAUUCCUUCUGUGGAUACAAUUGGCAUCCCAAGUGAAUGUUUAUUGUUGAAGAACAUGUUUGAUCCUAAUGUAGAGACGGAACCAGACUUUGAUUUGGAUAUUAAAGAAGAUGUUCAAGAUGAGUGUUCUAAGUUUGGAAGUUUGAGGCAUAUUUAUGUGGACAAAAAUAGCUCGGGUUUUGUGUACUUGCGCUUCGAGAAUACACAAUCUGCUAUAAAUGCCCAGCGUGCUCUUCAUGGAAGAUGGUUUGCUGGGAAGAUGAUCACUGCAACAUUCAUGGUGCCCCAGAUGUACGAGGCUAAAUUCCCGGAGAGCAGAUAGGAGUAUUAUUAGGCUUUUGGAUGUCCAAAAAUUAUCUUUGUCUAUGUUAAUUCUGGAAUCAUCGUAUUGCAAAGGAUGGAAAUACUAGGUGAGGUAGCGUUGUCAUUUUGAUAAAAAAAAUUUAAAAGUAGUUAGCUUCUGUUGUGUUCUCAUUUGUAAUUUUGUUCAUGGAAGUGGAAUGGUGAAGAACAUACGCUUUAUGUGAAUUUAUGAUCGACUUUUUAUAAGAGCUACUCUCUCUUAUAUUUA